AAGUAAUCGGUGGCUUGACGCAAGACGCUCCUGCCCGAAUGAGUCAUCAUGGUGACGCUAAGCGAAAUAACCCAGCCCCAAAGAGUAAUUAUAAUUGCCCAGCCUCGUAACCAUGCCACUUAAUAGUGUCAAUGGUACUCCUAGCCACAUGAUAGUCUGAUACUUGGCCACGCAGUGUCGCUGGUGCUGUUGAGGCUACAAUAUCCGGGCUAUACCUGUGGUCAGGAGACCACCUCGUAAAACAACAGACAAAGCGAUUGUCUGUCUGGAAAUGGUGACAAAGGCAUGGUUUCAGUAAGACAAAGCUUGAUCAUUCAUGAUAGAGACUGAUAAAGGUUUCAUCAUCAUUAUUCCCGUUGCUUUGUUCAAGUCAAACAGCGCUACAUCAGGUCGAGACAUUCGGUGACGCUCGACUAAAGUCUUUGGAACAAAGGACACCAUGGCGCAGUAGUUAAAUGAGCCAUAUUUCCCACAGUUUCCACAAUAUAUCGCUACAAUUGAGACCAGGUUGAACCACCUCAAUCCAAAUUGUGCAAAAAGACAGAACCCUAAAGCCGAGCUCUUGCGUAGCUAUGGCGUUCUUGAGACUUUUCAAGCGCGAGAAAUUCCACAAUUGCCGCCUACAGUGCAGGCCACAUCCCUUCGCUCGGAACUACUUCAGGAUCGAAAUUGAUAUUCCACGUGAGGAACAGCGUGGCAAGCACAAGAGGGUUUCUCUCGUAUCCGUGAUUUCGGCUUGCGUCAAGCAACUCCGCGACCCCUCAAGUGCUCAGAGGCUUCCGGCUCUGCAUCCAGAGGAAAAGCAUGGGAGGGUCCAUUUCAGGGUGAGGGGUACGACAAUUGACGAGGCCUUUGAGAAUCUGCGGCAAAACUUGGUAGAGGUACAGUAUCACUUCCGGAGUUCUUUUAAAAUUCAUGAGGGAUUCGUUUCAAUGCCGCUCAAGUGUCGCCGUACGAAACACUCGCCAACUAUGUUUGUCAUGAGAUGGUGUGAGGGCGGAAGCAACAGGCUCUCGAUCUGGCCAAUGGCUAUUGAGAUACCGAGUUUAAAAGGUCCCUUGGAUAACGCCUUGGAGAGUAAACGGAUUGAAAAACUUCGGUACUUGAUGGGCAAGGAAAGUAAGGGACAGGGCUACACGGAUUAGUGUUUGCUUUCAGUCUUUCGGAUUGAAACUACGUCCGCUCACGACUUUACUAUUUUUCUCGUUUCUCUCAUUGUUAGUUUCAUGGUGUUUAUCGUUUAUGUAUCAGUACAGCUUGUCAACAUAUUCGAGACUUGCCAUGCCAGACUUAACCUUUCUUAUCUAUAAUGUUGUAAUUGCGACCUUUAACUCCUAAGGCCAUGCCAUGAACGCAAGGCUUUCGAUUCUCACCGUUCCUAAAAAUAUUGCACCUUACU